UUUUUUACUAGAAUUUGUGAAGUGAUUAUCGAUUGCAUUGUGAUAAAAUGGGAUGCGAUGGCGGAACCAUCCCGAAACGCGAUGAGCUGGUUAAAACUAAGCAGAAGCCAGAACAGAAAGACAAGGAUUCUGUUAUCGCAUUCAAGUGGAAAAACUGCGCCAUCAAUCAGGAACCCCUGAAAACCCCGAUCGUUGUAUGUGAAGUGGGAAAACUUUACUCGAAGGAAUCCGUUCUUGAAGCUCUGAUCGCGAAGUCUUUGCCAGAGAAUGCGUCCCACAUUCGAGGAUUGAAGGUGAAUCUCAAGAAAUUAAUGACCGACGUGCGUGAGUUGCGACUCACUCCGAAUCGAGCGAAGAAUGAUCCCAUCAGUGGACCUUUGACGGUACAUGACUUCAUGUGUCCUGUUACUGCGUUGGAAAUGAACGGGAGACACAAGUUUAUUGCCUUGUGGACAUGCGGGUGCGUCUUUUCGCAGAGGGCCAUGACGCAUGUGAAAACUACCAAAUGUCACGAGUGUCAAAAGCCCUUCUUGCCUGAGGACAUUAUAAUCCUGAAUCCGGACGAUGAAGAACUGAUCCUAAUGGAAACCAACAUGGAGUCGCGGCGUGCAAAGGCUCAGCUGGACAAGAAAUCAAAGAAAGUGAAGAAAUCAGUUGACGAAGACGAUGUCACUGCAGGUCUGGUGGUUUUGCCCAAGCGUGCCAGUGAUUCCGCGCCAUUGGCUGGACCAAGUUCGAAGCCGAAAAUGGCGAAACUUUCUGCUGACGCGAAAAAAGGCGAAGAAAAGAAGUAUGAUCCUAAGCAGCGGGAAUCUUAUAAAUCCUUGUUUACCUCUCACGAAAGCGCCAAAAAGCGUCCGACCGCCCAUUGGGUCACAUACAAUCCGUUUUUCAACUGAUUCUGUUCCUGUUAUUUUUUGUGUGUGUGUGUUUCAAAGUGAGGAAUGUGUAUAGUAAACCAAACCAGUUUUCAUUCAA